GAUACUGGCUCAGCCACGUCCAAUUCUGGAAGAUGUGUGACUACAAGAGCAUGAAUUCGGCUCGCUAGGGUGGCUGCGGCACAGUACACUACGCAAACAGUAACAGUUUAUUGGGUGUUGACCAGAGCGCAGGGAUCGCUUUCAGACUUAUAUCCACCCACAAUAGGUUACCAGUGCAUCCCCUCAUAUCAGAGUGCCUCAGCUUUUGUGUCACAGUUGGUUCAAGGAUUCAAAUACUCUUGCAGCCUCAAUCAAGCUGACGCAAGUCCUACAGUAAGGAGUAAGUGAGUUUGGGAUACUAUAUAUAGCAAGGGUAACGUCCCAAGACACUGAGAAACCGUGUGUUCUACUGCCUAGAUAUAGUUCACGCUCCUAAACGUACAUUCGCAUGCUCUCCACAUACAAGGUCUUAGCCGUCAAUGCCUAUCAAAGAAACUUUGGUAUUAUUCAGAUAGAAUCGCCCAUCCUUGAUCAGCCUGCCUUUCGUGAACGCCCGGGUGCUGUAUACGGAACUAAAAUGGCUACAGCUGAGUUGAAAUCUUUCGCUGCAGGGUGCUUAACAAAAAUAUCCCAAUACCAUAACCAGAUUGAUGUUGGCGUUGUGGAAAGUGCUUCUCGGAAUAUUUUUGAGGUAUCCUUAGCUGUGUCAUCGCUACUAGAGGCGGACUGUCCUCGUGAUUUUUUUCUUGACGAGGAAAAUACCCUUAUUUCGACUUUGCGGGAAUGGGUUGACCAUGAUAACAUCGCCGCGAGGCUUCUGCCGCGCACCAAAACCAACAUUGAUGUGACAGCAGCAACCAUAACUGCCUUAAACCUGUUGGGACAAUCCACUUUGCCAGACCGGCUACUUGAAAGCUUUGAGGAUCUAGCUCAUACCCAACCCCCUAGCAUUGAGAGCGAUGACCUUGCUACUAAUUGUGAAGUUCUUAUAUCUUUGCUUCAUGUCGAAAAGGGCAUUGAUCGCUAUGGUGCACAGAUAGAGCGAGUUGCCACAUCAGUCUGUUCAACAUGGUGGGCUAAAAGUCAUGAGCAGGUAAUGAAUGGAAGGAACAUAUGUCCUCUGUACUCCGUUAUGCUGGUUUCUAAAGCCUUGGCUACAUAUGCAGUGGCAAAAUCAAGUACCACAAACGCAAAAGAAGGUAGCUUGGAUGACAAGAUCAGUCUCAUGCUAACAGAAGUACUUGUCAACUUACUUCGCACGCAGCAUGCAGAUGGCUCAUGGGGUCAAAAAAGUAAUUUCGAAGAAACUUCAUAUGCAGUCCUCGCGAUAAAAUAUCUUACUGCAUUUCCAUUUGCAAAAAACUUCAAGGACGAAAUAUGGGGUGCUUUAACGCGAGCGUUUAAUAUAUUCGGACGCAGAACCACUGAGCGCUAUAUACCAGCAGAGCUGUGGAUUGGGACGAGCAAUUUCAGUUCUCAUCUGUUGUCUCAAGGCUAUUUUCUGAGUGCUCUUGGGCAGCCAGCUUGGCUAGACCAUCCAAAUAUGCAUAGGUUCGGUCGUUCUGAUUUGUCAAGCUCCUCAGUAAAGCUUUCGAAACUUGCUCGCAACCUCCCACUUCUCCAGGGCUCAGAAACUUGGGAGAUUAAGUCAUGUCUUCUUCAAGGUGAUUUCUUCGCCAGAAUGUUGAGGGCCAGUAUGCCUCGUAUUUUUCCUAGAGAGAAUAUGCGGAAGGAGACAUACCUUGAUUUAGUUCCAUUCACAUGGGCAACAUCCAGACAGUUCGAAACUCUCAGACUCCGAAACCAGGAGCUGCUGGAUAUGAUGGUUCUUGCAGUCACUAUUUACCAAAUUGACGAGUUUAUGGAGGCCACAGUCAUACAACUGGACGAUUCAGAUAUGCGUAAGCUCGAUGAUAUAUUUGAGAACUUGUGUUCAGAGCAGUUGACAAUCGAGACCAAUCGGCCUAUGAAGAGCGGUAAUGAGAGUUCAUCUAACAAGGAGACAUCAGAGAAGAAUCUUAGAGCCAUUACUAAAGUUCUAAGAGAAUACGUACAGUUUGUACUACAGCAUCCCUCCGUUGCCAGCGGUCGUCCAUUGCUUCAACGACAACUCCGAUCCGAUAUCAAACGGUUCCUAAGAUCUCACCUCAGACAAGUGAAAGACAACUUACUGUUGAGGGGUAAUCAAAUGAAAACAGUCGAAUCCAUACACGGUUCAGUCUUCAGCUGGGUUCGGGGUACAUCUGCUGAUCACACAGGCGGGCCUUUUGCGAUGACUUACUAUCUAUGUCUCGUUGAGGGCCGACAUAACCCUCCACAGCCUAUAAGCACAGAAGGGCUAUACGUCGCGCAGAUGGUCAGUCAACACCUGGCAGCGUUAUGCCGAACUUACAACGACUGGGGCUCGAGAGCUAGAGACAUGGCUGAAUUUAACGUCAAUUCGCUUAACUUCGAAGAGAUUCGGAAUAAUUCAGAGGUUCCCAACUGCUUAAAGGAUAAUGGAGCUUUCAUUAAUCAACAAAACGGAAUUGUAUCGAUGAGUGGGCAUGGGGAGCCAGAGAGACGCCUCUUAUUCAUAGCCGAGUUCGAGCGACGCUGUAUGCUCAACUGCCUUCGUGAACUCAAGGAUAUCGUGAACCCAGAGGUUUAUGUUGCGGUCAAACUCUUUUGUGAUGUCACUGAUAUCUAUGGCCAGAUAUAUGUGGUGAAAGACAUGACACCCAGGCUCACAGAGCAGAAGUAGAUGAGGCCAUUCAAGAAUGCUGUCUUAACUUACAAGUAAUAGACGAGUUAUAAAGUGAGACAAAUGGCAAUACCAACGCUUUCCAUACUUCUUCUAGGAGUCUACAAUGAUAGCUCGAUCGAGUUUAAAGCUGCGUCGCCGCCCCUUAACAAGCACAGCGGACAUUAUUGCUGCUCUUAAGGGCUUCUAUUGGUUCCAUCAUAUGAGAGUAAUCAAGUG